AUGCAAAGAAUCGAACUACAAACUUAUCCACAAAAGAAAACUAUUGGAAAAUUAAAUGCUCAAGUACUUAGACCUUGGUAUGAAGCGAAAAUUGAAAUAUUAGAUACACGAAAUACAUCAAAUGAAUGGCUUCUGGGGGAAAUUAAAGAAAAUUUUGCAUGGUUUAUUGAUCAAUAUACUAUAACUUUAGCGGAACGAACAAUACUUCUGCAGUCUCAAGUUGGUUCGCGUACGUUUAAAUUUUAA